AUGAAGUUCUCACUCGCUGCUGUUACCCUCAUGGGCGCCGUCGUCUCUGCUCUUCCCGCCAACGAGAAGCGACAGGCUUACGUCCCUUGCACUGGCCUCUAUGGCUCUUCUCAGUGCUGUGCUACCGAUGUCCUGGGAGUAGCCAACCUCGACUGCGGAAACCCCCCUUCUUCUCCCGGCAACGCCUCCGACUUCAGCGCUAUCUGUGCUGAGAUCGGCCAGCGAGCUCGAUGCUGUGUUCUCCCCAUCCUUGACCAAGGAAUCCUCUGCAACACCCCUACUGGUGUCCAGGACUAA